AUACCGUUACUUAAUAAUUUGUACCAUCGCGAGCGUAGGGCAUAAGUUAUCAAAGAUAUAAAAUAUAGUUUCUGAUAUAAUAUAUUCUUAUGUAAUUUUUACGUGCAUAAAAAAAAAAAAUAAAAUGGUUAGCCAGCUCGUUUCAGGAAAAUUAGCAUUGGUUACUGGUGCGGGGUCUGGUAUAGGACGAGCUGCUUGCCAGGUGCUAUCAAGGGAAGGCGCAACAGUCAUAGCAGCUGACAGAAAUUAUGAAGCUGCAAUGGAAACUAUUAAGAAACAUGCCGCUUUAGCUUCAGGCAGUAAUGCAACCGGUGACCAUACCGCAGUAGAAUUAGAUGUAUCGGAUUCCAAAUCAGUUCAGAAACUUUUACAAUCUACAUUAAAUAUUUAUAAAACUCCACCGAACAUUAUUGUCAACUGUGCUGGUAUUACAAAAGAUAAUUGGCUCUUAAAACUAUCCGAACAGGACUAUGACAGUGUUCUCGAUGUUAACUUGAAGGGCACCUUCUUAGUGAUGCAGACAUUUGCCAAGGCAUUGACAGAAGCAUCACUUCCUGGAUCAAUUAUCAAUAUUUCUAGUAUAGUAGGAAAAUAUGGAAAUAUGGGGCAAACAAACUAUUCAGCGAGUAAAGCUGGUGUUGUUGCUAUGACACAGACAGCGGCCAAAGAGCUCGGAAAGUUUAAUAUUAGGGUCAAUGCCAUUUUGCCGGGGUUUAUUAAGACUCCUAUAAUUAGCACAGUUCCUGACAAAGUAAAGGAAAAUUUGUUAAAACUAGUUCCUCUAGGCAGACUCGGUGAACCUUCGGAGAUUGCCGAAGUCAUCACUUUUUUGAGUUCAGAAAAGAGCUCCUUUAUAACUGGUGCUGCGAUUGAUGUCACGGGAGGCUUUUGAGUUUGUUAGAUAUUUUAAGAUGAAGUGAUUGGUUAUACACUAAGGGUACCUAAAGGCUAUAUUUUUUAACAAUUUUAUGUAUUUUAUAUAAUAAAGAUUUUUCAUAGUUUC